AAAAAUCAUUAUAAUGACCCUCCAAUUCAAUGAAUAUACGUUGAACUCUGGGACAACUGAUACCUAUUGAAACAUAGAACAUGAUUAUGGAUGGAGAUGUCGGUGAAGGGUACCAGGAUAUAAUAAGUGUCUUUAACGUUUAUUCCAGUACAGAUUCCGAUUCCACGAGCGAUGCUGAUGACUUACCUGAUGUGAAAUUUUCAGAAUCAGAAAGAGGUUUACCUUCUUUGAAGAGUUCUAAUGGAGAAUCACUCUCCAGGUAUAAAGAGGAUAGGAAAAGGGUUGUUGAAUGGAGAACGCGCUGGGAGAAUUGUCGCAGAAGGUUAGAUAUGUACUAUGCAAAUUCAAGUGACGAUACGCACGUUGAUGGAAGGUUUCCCGUGCUUAAUGAACGACAAAAGACCCCUACUCAUCCUUUAGAGACUUCAAGCUCUAAAAUUGAAUCUUCGAGGGAUUACAUGAGCAGUGACAAUGCUGCCUGUGCUAGCGAAUGCCAUCGCUGCAAAAGGAGACGUGGAAGAAUAUGGAAAUUUAUUUACAGCAUUUUCCAUUGGAGAAGAUCAUCAAAGAAUAAGGAGGCUCAAGGAUGUUUUGAAACCUCAAUUGAAAGGGUAAAGUCACCAACAAAAGAUACGUUUAGAGAUGGUUCUCCAAGGGUUUACAGUCUAGGCAAAGCACAAGCACAGCAAGUGAAUCAUAGACAGAGAGAGGAGCAGAAAAGACAUAAUGAUACUGUAAGAGGAUAUCGUGAGCUCGUGUUGUCACCAUAUGCCUGUAUUGAGCCUUAUACGUACAUCUAACUGCUGAAUUAGUGUAUAUGUGAUGUGUGUAUAGUUGUCUAUCUAUGUACAGGCUAACGUUACUUUUGACGUUAUUUUCCCCUCUGCUAUUGUGCCAUUUUGGCGUACAGAAACACAAGUUGGCGAAAUCCGCACCAACUUUCCCAAUAUCGUAACACAACGCUUUAUCCUAGCAUUGCAAUUUGCGCAAAUUCUCUCCUCUCCCCCAAACCCCACGGACCAGAUAUUUUUUCCUUAUCGGGGAUUCCUCCCAGCGGCAAAAAAUUACACCUCCACAAACCCACACACCCCAUCAACACAGACACAAAAGACACAAAUCAAUCUAGAACUUUCUCUCAAACUUUCCCCUUUUCCCUUCCUUUCCAUCCUC